CGCGGCUACUCCGCUCUUGCUCAACUGGGCACCUCGUUCAGUUGACACUCGAGCCUCAAACUUCCAACUGGAAGCAUGGAGAAGGGACUUAUCCUACCUCUGAUUUCAGGACCCAGUCGGAGCAGCGUGUCAUCUGCUUCCGGCAUAUCUUGGAGACGUGCUAUAGCGCUAGCGUGCACCAUCGUAUGGAUCUUGACUGGCCUCUCUUCUUGGGAGCGAUAUGCUUCCCGAUCUACAAGGGCCGAUAGAAGAAGCUUUCCGGACCUGUAUGACGCGUCCAUACAUGAGCUGCAGACUGGACUCGACGCGGGAGACUUUACGAGUGUGCAUCUCGUGCAGGCCUACUUUGCGCGCAUCGCCGAAGUCAAUCCCACGCUGCAUGCUGUGAUCGAGACGAACCCAUCUGCGCUACGGCAGGCUGCAGAGCUGGACAAGGAAAGACGGUUGAGAGGAAAGAGGGGCUGGAUGCAUGGGAUCCCGGUCCUGCUCAAGGAUAACAUCGCCACGGUAGCCAGUGAAAGGAUGAACACGACGGCGGGAUCGUAUAGUCUCUUGGGGUCUGUAGUGCCCGAGGAUGCCGGAGUCGUCAAGAGACUGCGGCGAGCAGGAGCCAUCAUCCUGGGGAAGAGCAACAUGUGCGAGUUCGCACAUGCCCGCGGCUAUCUUGCUUCUGGCUGGUCGGGACGCGGCGGCCAGGCGACCAGCGCAUACUUCCCCAACGGCAGUCCCGGUGGAUCAUCCGGCGGCUCGGGCAUCGCGACUUCGAUUGGACUGGCAACGGUGUCGUUGGGAACCGAGACUGACGGGAGCAUUACCUAUCCGAGCAGCAUGAACAACAUCGUGGGCGUGAAGCCGACUGUGGGGCUGACGUCUCGUGCUGGCGUCAUCCCGAUCUCCCUACACCAGGAUACUGUUGGUCCAAUGACGCGCUCUGUUGCGGACGCCGCGAUUCUCCUGGGCUCUAUCGCAGGGAUAGAUCCCAAUGAUAACUUCACCCUCGCACAACCGUCCCCGCUACCAGACUACAUCCAAGCUCUGGACCAGCACGGGAUCCGAGGCAAGCGUAUUGGUGUCCCGCGUUCUUUCGUCAACUCCAGUUUGGCUGCCAAAUAUCCGGUGAUCAUGUCGCAGUUUCAAGACGCCCUCCAUGUGAUGCAGACGCUUGGAGCGCAAGUCGUCGAUCCCGCCAAUGUGCCCACUACCGAAGAGAUCUUGUCGCUGCCGGAGAUGGAGCGAUCGCAGCCAGCCGUCGUCGAAUUCAAGGUGACCUUGAAUGAGUAUUACUCCUCACUGAUCUCAAACCCCUCCGGGGUGAGAAGCAUGGCUGAGUUGAUUGAGUUCAACGAUGCGCAUCCCGAACUCGAGAAACCGGAAGGCUACGAGGGACAAGAGCUACUCAUUCGGGCCAAUCAUACCGAUGGAUAUGAUAGCGAUUAUUAUGCAGCCAGAUCCAAGAACUACCGGCUUGGAUAUGGAAUAGACACCGUGCUGAAGGAGCUCAAACUCGAUGCACUGGUCCUUCCACACUUCGUUGCACCUGUCAGUGCCACCCCUGCGAUGGCGGGGUAUCCGAUUGUGACUGUUCCUCUAGGAUUCUUCCCCGAGUCAAGCGGUACUGAGCCGAUGGGGGCCGGGACAUUCUUCCCAGCACCGGGCAUGCCUUUUGGCUUGACUUUCUUCGGCACGGCAUACUCUGAAUUCACCCUGAUUCAGCUAGCGUAUGCAUUCGAGCAAGAAACGCGGGUGCGAAGAUUGGGUCCGCGGGGUUAUUCGAGUGCUGUUCCCAAGACACAGCUAGAUGAUGUCGUACAACGAGCUCGAGGCAAUCCAGCGUGUUUACAUUGAGAAAGUCCUUUGAACAGAAGCUCUAAUUAGGAUUAUAACAAGUCCACUGCAGAAAGAGGGCAACUAGGGGAUACAAAUGGUUCAAUCUAAGCGAGACACUCGAAACUCGAUAGCGAAGGAGGGAGGAAGGAUAAAGGAAUAUUACGAAUUACGACGGUCACUGCGAAUACAUAUUAUAAUGGUUAUACACAUCCUCGUAAACGGGCUGGUAAGUGGCGUAGUCGGUCGCACCCCAAUAUUGCGGCGACUGCUGAUACCGCGGCUGGCGUGUCUCGUCCACAGUGUAUCCUGGCCCCAUCACCGCUGUCGAGGGCGACUGGUAGGCCCCCGACGACGCCGAGGCCGAGGCCGACCACCGAUUGGGAGCAUAUGACGUGGGGUAGUGCUCCAGUGCGUAGUGACCCGCGGACGUGUACGCGGCGAACGGACGGAAGUCGUCGAGCGUCUGCGUCGCAGACCGUUUGCGGUGUCGCGGCGCAACAGUCUCGCCCGACAUGUCGUGAUCGUCGUGCUCGAACUGCACCCCGCGCAGGAGCUCCAGUGCGCGAGCGGCACCGGGCCACACAACCUGCAUCUCCCGUAGCGCGUCCAUGCACUUCCCCAACCCGAUCCGUGCUUGAGGGUUAGCCGGGAAAAGUGUCGCAGAGCUCACGUGCAUGAUCGCCGCAGUGAAGAUGUAGUAGCACAGAAACGCGGCGCAGUGCUUAAGGGUGUAUGUUUCAGAAUAGAGUCCAGCGAUCGUGGUGAUGUGGUUGGCGGCACUAGCGCACUGCUCGUAGCUGCGCUCCGCUCGACCCCGAGACUCGGUGUUCUCCGGUGCAGGACUCGGCAUCCUCGACCCCGUUUUUCGGAUAAAUGGCCGAUGAAGCAACAGCACAGCACACCAAUACUGCAUAUGCAACGUCAGGACAUGCGGUAACGGUGCAGGCCGCGACCCUGGCACAUGCUGGAGAUGCGAGGGAAGCGAGAUUCUCCACUUGUCGAGCUCCGCAUCAAGCACAACCAGCUCCGAGUGCCGGCUGCUGGCGGGUUUGAGCGCAUAGAUGCUCUCGACGACACGCCCAAGAAUGUUGGAAAGGCGCGCAGACGCACUGAAGCACGAGAUGGCAUAGCUGGGUCGUGGAUCUUGUGGUUUCCACUCUUCGCUCUCCUCGGCUUCCACUGUUUCGUCGGGCAGUGGUGUGUCAAAGUCGCGCUCGAAGAUGGCGAGCGGUCGCCCUGUACGUGCCAUCAGUACGAACCAUAGACGCCUGCACUCGACCACUGACCAAUGUACGUGCUCACGUACUUAUCCAAUACAACACAUGCAUACCAGAUCCGGCGCCGCUCGGAUAUCUCCGCCGCCGAGAACAGCUUCCCAUCCGAAUCCUUGACGCCAGCCCGUGCCCACCCGCUGGCAUCCCGGUGCAUGCCGAGAUCCUGCGCCAUUCGCACCGCCAUGCCGAUGUAGAUCCACGCCUGCGCCAUGGCUCCGAUCCCGAUCUCCCGGAAUCCCAUCAACAGCAUCGCCUGGCAUGUGCUGGCGCGCGACGACGCGUACGAGCCGUCCAGCAAUGUCUUUGCGCGGAACAGAAACGAGUCUCCUGCGGGCCACAUCUUCGCGUCGUUUUCGCUGAGCGCAGGGUGCGGACCGUGCCGCGCGGCAAGCGAGAACAUGGCUAGAAGAAGCAGAGGCGGAACCUUGCCACGCGAGAACGAGUCCAGCAGCGAGAUUUUGUGAACGACUGGGAAGCUGGGGUGCACGAACGAGAAGUAACGCCCCAACAGCGUCUCCUGCACCGUGCGAGAAGGUAGUCCGUCCCCGUCGCGCUCAGA